AUGUACAUCUCCACCCUCCUCCUCUCCACCCUCCUCGCCACACUCUCCUCCGCAACCAUCAUCCUCGGUCACGCCAACUACGACAACGACGGCCACAAAGACACAGCCGUGUGGAUCCAGGGCCGCGACCCCUGCGCCUAUACCUACAUGGGCCACGGCAGCCCCUGCGCCUUUGACGGCGGCCGCUUCGUCGCCUCAAACGGUUUCCACUACCGCAUCGUCAACUGCGAUAAUGGUCAGCCGUUUACCCUGCAGAAUGAAGAUGGGUCGAAGAAUGCUGAGGCGGUGUUCCAUCCUGUUGAUGAUCUUGUGCAUUGCCCAGGGGGGUUUACUGUGGGGCAGAGUUAUAUUUUCUAG